GCUUCCGGCCUUUUCUUCUAAGCACUGACCCCUUGCCUCUCCUCUGCUCAGACGGACCAGGAAGGUAGAAGACAAAAUGUCGUCACUGAUGGAAUGCAGCCUUGAGACGAUCAUCAACAUCUUCCACCAGUACUCUACUCGCCUGGAGCACCACGACAGGCUGAACCAGAAAGAGUUCAAACAGAUGGUGAGAAAGGAGCUGCCCAACUUCCUCAAGAAGCAGAAGAGGAAUGAGGCGGCCAUAAACCACAUUCUGGAGGAGCUGGACACCAAUGAAGACAAGGAGCUGAGCUUCGAGGAGUUCUCCAUGCUGAUCGCCCGGCUGACGGUGGCGUCCCACGAGGAGAUGCACAAGACCGCCCCCCCAGGGGUAGGCCACAGCCACGGGCCAGGCUUCGGAGAGAGCCGCGGCACCUGCCAGAACAAAAGUGGCACUGAGCAGUCUGGCCACGGCCACAGCCAUGGUGGCCACGGCCACAGCCAUGGCGGCCAUGGCCACAGCCACGACCACUAAUCAGGAGGCCAGGCCACCCUGUCCCCGCCCAUCUAGGGCCCCAGGGCUGCAUGCGGCAUCGCCUUAGCUGUGGGGCUGGGGCCGGGGCUGAAAUAAAGUGUUCCUCCAAGCCA